AUGAUAUUGGUCGUUGCUCUGUGCUUUGUUGCAUUGGUCGGGUCUGCGCCGUCGGUGCCCGAAGACAGGGAGUGCAUUUAUGACGACAGAGGAUUGUGUAUGGGUUACUGUCCGGAAGGGACCUAUUCGUACACACCCGGUUGCGGCCCCAUCACCGCGGAACCAACUUGCGACAACCUCCAACCAGUUGCAUCCGACUACGACGUCUGCGACCUCUCAGAUUGCUACUGCAAACCCCCCACUGUUAGGGACACUGCUUCAAAAAAAUGUGUACCCCUGGAGGAGUGCCCUGAUAAAGAAAACAUAAUUGUACACGAUUAG